AUGGGUAAAGGCGGCCGCGUGCUCUGUAUCAUCACCCCAUAUGUCUUGACCAUCGCGUCCCUGAUCUGUUUGAUCAUGGUCGGGCUGGGCUGCACAAAUUCCAGUUCGGGCUCUCUCAACAACCUCUAUUUCUUCCGAGCCAACCUGCAAAAUGUCACCGAAUCCUCCGAAGUCCAAUCCGGGGUCGAUCAAGCCCUCGACAAACUGGGACAAGCCAAUAUCCACGUCGACGAUGGCGACAUCAAGACCGCUCUCGAGCAGGUCCAGAAGCAACUCGGCGUGACCGUCGCCGACUACUACGACAUCGGUCUCUGGGGCUACUGCCAAGGCAACAUCACCAAGGACAACAAGUACGACACCAGCAAGUGCUCUAAGCCCAAGACCGAGUUCUGGUUCAACCCCAUGGAGGUCUGGAACCUCGAGCAGACGGGCCUGCAGAACGCCCUCCCCGACGGCAUGGACAAGGCCCUCGACGUCUACAAGAAGGUCUCCAAGUGGAUGUCCGUCGCCUACAUCAUCGCCUUCGUCGCCACCGUCAUCGAGCUCGUCGUCGGCGUCUUCGCCAUCUGCUCCCGCUGGGGCAGCUGCGUGACCACCCUCAUCUCCGUCGUCGCCUUCCUCUUCACCGCCGCCGCCUCGGCGACCUCUACCGCGCUCUUCGUCGUCAUCCUCGGCCUCUUCAACGAGAAGCUUAAGCCCUUUGGCAUCGUCGGCUCCAUCGGCAAGAACAUCUACGCUGCCUCCUGGCUCGCCGUCGCCUUCUCCCUCGCUGCCGCCCUCUUCUGGCUCCUCUCCACCUGCUGCUGUUCCGGUCGCUCCCCUUACAACCACAAGAACCGCGCCGGUCCCCGUCCCGUCACCGCCGAGAAGACCCCCUACACCUACGAGCCCCUGGGCCCGUACGACAACAACCAGGCCAACACCUCCUACCCCCCUCUGCCUCCCCAGAGCCGGCACAACAACGCCUACGAGCCUUUCCGCCACGCCUAA